UAACAACUAUUUGUUUUUGUCGAUGAAUUUAUAAUAGAAAUUACUUUAUAUAUGUUUUAUAUCUACUGAAAAGACAAAUUGUCUAAAGGUUAAAAUGUUUUUUUUAUCACAAAUUACCAGACAUUCUUAAUGUGGCAAAAAUUGUAUAAUAGUUUAAUUUUAUCAAUGGAGACUAGUAAAGUAACUAGUAAAACUAGCAGCUUAAAAGCUCUCUUGUUACGAGCAUGGAGAGAGCGCUGGACUGAUUUGCAGUGGGGUAUUAAUAUUAAAACAAUUCUUCCAAGGGGAGUAAGCGGUGAUGUAUAUAACUUAGCUGAUUGUAUAUUACAACAAGCAUUAGUGGGACCAGGACCUAAUCAAUUAGUCCUAUCAUAUCUAAAACAUUCCUUAAGCUCUCAGUUGGUGUCGUAUGCAGCAGUGUUGCAACGAAUAAGUAAAUAUGAUGCAUUUCACAAGCCUCAUUGCAUAUUGAGCUUACUAGAAUUUCUGGAAUCGAUACAAGUUGGUAUCACAUGUCGUGGUAAACCAGAAGAGGAUCUUUUAGCAGCGGCAGUUUUAUCUAUUGUCCAUUGGCUCUUACAAUGUUAUUUACACGCAUUAACCAAGACACCCCAGAAUAAUUCUCUUAUUCCCAAUUCAAAUGAGCUAGAUAAGCCUGCCAGUAUUUUGCAACAGAUGUUAAAUUCAGAUUUUAUGUGCGCAAUGAUGUAUCUAGCUAAAUAUGAUGACAAAGAUCUGUAUAUAGAUGUUGCAAAGAAAUGUCAGGAAAUUGAGAGGUUUUUGAAGACAAGCAAUCAAAAGUCUGCAGUGCCAAUAGAAGAUUCUCUGAAAAAAUUGUGCAAUUUGGAGAUUGAAAGUCUUUCUUUUGAGAAAAUUAGAAUGGAAUCCAUUACUCAUUGUUUGCAACCACUUUUUGCCGUUCAAGUGUUAUUGAAUCCUAGCACUGAAACAGCUGUGUUCGUCAAUCAACUGUUAAUGGUGCAAAGAUUAAAGAGUUAUACGAACGAGCGAUUAUAUUGCGAGAUAAUUCGCGCUUGUUUAAUGUGUUUGCAUAAUGUGACAGGAACAUUCAAGGAGUCGCAGUGGGGAGCUUUCACGUUUUUAAAAGUACCUCUUAUAUUGAAAGAGUUGCAUGCAGCUACUCUAAAUAGUGACGAGAAAUUCGAGUAUUCUCAGGAUAUUUUAGAUGCGUUUGAAUUGUUGCUUCAGUUUACGCCUUUGCUUGAUAUAAUGGACUCCACAUGCUCGUGCAAUUAUGUAGAAUGUUUGCUAAAUGAAUUGCAGAAGGUAAAUCUUGUGACGGAAAAGCAGGCGAAGCAAAUAAGCGCAAGAAGGGAAGGAGUGACAGCGGCGCUACAAAAAUUAGAACCGUCGAACACUCCUACAUCGUCUAUUCCGAAAGUUAUUAUACGAGCAAAACCAACAUUAGCCGGAAUUUUAAAGACGUUAAAUGCCGAUUACACGAAAAUUCAAGAGGCUUUACUGAGCAUGCUGUAUCACGUCUUGACGGGGAAUAGCUUUGAAUUGAUGCUAGCUGUUGCGACUGUAGAAGGGAAACUGAAGACUUUUGUCGCUAAACUCAUCAAGUUCAAUGAAAGCAGUAAACAGAUCAAUGAGCCUGUGCCUGAUAAAACAGCAGCUACAAGAGCAAUGUUAUUCGAUGUAUCAUUCCUUAUGUUGUGCUCCAUAGUGCAAACAUAUGGCUCAGAUGUUGUCUUAGAAGAAGGCGGAGAUUCAUUCUUCGAGCAAUGGGUAUAUGAAUGUAUGCCAGAACGAAACAAGCCAAAAUCGCCACAGAAAAUGCUGCAGAGUGUCGAUCCAGCAAGGGUAGAUGCUUUGCUAGCGCAAAUAAAUUCGCCAGAUCCUGAUUUUAAAUCUAGUAAUCUGAAAUGGCACGUUGCAUGUCAGUCAGCGAUGGGCGCGGUGAAGGAGUUACUCUGCGCGUGGGAAAGUGGCGUAUUGGGCGCAGGUGAUGUCAAAAGGGCUCUGGACGGUUUGCGUACAGCAGCAUGCUGUCUACCGGUCUGCGCGGCAGCAUGGCUUUGCGCCUACAUGAGCAUUACCCAUCAAGAUGCUCUAUUGAAACCCAUGAAUAUGGUUCAGCAUUUUCUGACGCCGUUACCGGGUGAUGAGAUGCAGGAUAAUCUCAAAGAGAGAUCUAGUUUAAUGUUUCAAAUUAUUCGGAAAAUGCAAUACGACGUACAUCCGCCUACACAAUCGAAAACAAAAGUGCUUUCUAUGUCCCAUAGUAUUAUUUCGCGGCAGCCAAUACUAGAACAAUUGGAAUCCGUUUGGCAAAAUAUAAAUCAACGUGGUUGGAUAAACAUACAAGCUACACAGUCAUUGGAAUCCUUAUUAAAUACUGGUGGUUCUUUAUGGUUUGUUACAAAUAUAGUAAAGGAAGUAUUAAAAUAUCGUUAUCAAGAAGAAUUGGAUCAAGCUGUAGAUCUGGCAUUUGCCAUUUUCCAUCUUGAUAUAGAAAAUUGCACCCUGGAUCUUAUAAAUCACAUAAUACCACAAUAUUUACACAAUUCAUUACAAAAUGACGAGCUUGUAGAACCACAAUCAUCCAUCUUGGCGAAAUUGUGUGUGUAUUGUAUAUUUUCCACUUUGGAAUACAUCAAUUCGAAUCCAUAUCGAGGUAACAAUCGUAAACGCGUGCGGCGUGAAUUGGAUGCGGACGAAUUGGACCCAUUAAGCAUGUCUAAUAAGCUUUUGCGACUGAAUGAAACGGGAGAGAGCAUUCCCAUGUACGGUUCGCAAAGUCCACAAGUGCAGAGUACUAGUAAUGGACAAAAAUCAGAGAUUAUUUUGAAGGAUCCGCUUAUGACUGCUUUGAACAACCUGUUCACUAUAUUUAGUUUUUUGGCUGGUAGAGAUGGUGAGAUAUCCCAACAGACUCACUUUAUCUUUCAGUUCCUGCGACUUACAGUACAAUGUGGGAAAGACAGGACUCGUAUUGUGUUGCAGGGAAUGCCUCAAACACUGGUACCCUGUCUUCUUAAAGCAUUACCUGAGUUGUUCACGACUGAUAUUUUACUAAGAUUAUAUGAUAUACAAACUAUAAUUGGACGCAAAGCGACAGCACGUGACUUAUGCAUGUUACGGAAUAUUAAUUUGAAACCUGCAAAAUAAAUACAUAGCUGUCUAUUGUAAAAUUGGGAUGCGUAUCUUUACAAUCACGAUUCUUCACAGUUGUUCUGUGGUGAACAAGAAUAUUAUAGAUGUUCAGAAAUA